AUGGCUCGCAUUCAUGACCUCCCACUUGAGCUACUGCAACAUAUCUUGUCAUUCAUUGCCAACCCUGGAAAUUACUUCCGUCCAGAUGGCGCUGAAACAAAUAAGACUGCCGAAAGUGGUGAUAUCCAACCAUUGGACUUGGAGGAGGAUGAUUUUGAUUACAAUGGAGUUCUACACAAGCUCUGCCUAGUUUCACGAGGUUUCCGUGAGAUAGCCCAGCCUCUUCUCUUCCGACAUCUAUAUGAUGUGGGUUUCGGCGGGGAGCCAAGCGCGACCAGUUCCUUUACCAAAGCCAUCUAUCGUCAUCCACAUCUCGGAAGACAUGUGCAGGAUAUCACCAUUACGACUCUGCCAUUUAGCCUACAUGGGCAUAAAAGUUUCACGGGCGAAGACAUCAAGUUCUUCAAGAGCGUACUCAAGGACCUUGAAUUAGGCGAUCGAGAAAAGGCCUGGCUUGCAGCCUUAGAAAGAUACGAUGCUAACGUCUUUACGGCCUUAUUGACCAACAAAACACCCAAUCUACGUGGACUGCAUCUGUGUGUAGGUCAUGGUUGCGCCACCGGCAUGAGGAAGCAUCUCUUCAUUCAAAAUCCAUCGUAUCUUUCCAAUCUUGAGUAUCUUUUCAUCGAAGCCACCAAAGGUUGGGCCGGUCACGUAAUUUCAGCCUUUGAGAAUUUCCUCUUACUCCCCAAACUCAAAUCUUUCACCGUUCAGCACGGUGCUCUUCUCGAUAAAUUCUUUCCAAUUACCUGGACUCCCGGGACAUUGGCGAUAGAGCGACUGGCCUUCCGGUACUGUCAUAUCGAGGCUGGAGCCCUGGAAAGCCUCUUCCAAGCAUGCAAGAAACUAAAAUCGUUCACCUACAAUAACUACACCCUGAAUCCACACGAACAACCAUUUACACCUGAUGAUAUACCGCCCGAGUUUACCGCUGCGGAGUUCACCAAAGCCGCGCUCUUACAAAAGGACACGCUCGAAUCCUUCCGCCUCGAAUUUGCUCUGGAUCAAUGGGAGAUGUUUUACGCCGGCGAAGAAGAUCUCAGUCUCAUCAAGAUCGGCUCAUUCCGCAACUUCACCGUACUCAAGUCCAUUGUCCUUCAACACGCAUACCUCCCAGCACACCCCCAAUUCCCUGCUUCGCUGAAAACGCUGCAUAUCACCGAUUGCAACGCGUCCAUCCGGGAGCUCUGCCAGAACCUCGCGACAGACUGCCAAAAUGGCCUGUAUCCGAACUUAACCGAGUUCAAGGUAUUCGCAUUUAAUAUCACGCUGCCGAUCAGGCUUCACGACCAGACCAUUCCGCAAGGGAAAACUCCCGCACAGUGUUUCAUGGAACUCCGAGAUAUGUUCAAAGGCACUAAAGUGGACUUCCAUAUCAUACCGUACCAGCUCCCUGAUUUUGAUGAUGAGGACGAAGAUGACGAGUAUUAUGAACAUGACGACUUUGAUGAUGAUGAUUAUGGGGAUGCUUUCCUGCAAAUGACCCCCGCAGAGGCUGCACGGUUCCUAGUACCAGGUGGUCCGGCGGUGCCCGUGCCAUCACAGCUGUUAGAUUUGCUUAUGGAGGAGGCUUUGCAGGAUCCUGACUUUGCACAUCUUGCCCCGCGAGCUGGACGUGGAGAUGUGAGUGAUGAUUCGUGGGAAACUGAUGAUGAUAGCGAUUAA